UCUACAACGAAGCACGGCGCACAUCUUUUGUCCAACUACACAGUCCUCCAUCAAUGGAACCGUUAGGACGGUAACCCACGUCCCUCGACAUGCCUCCACCACCCUCGAACCUCCCUCCAGCACCGCAUCCACUCCGAUACGCUCACGAUGCCGCUCGCAGCGUACCCGGCAACAGUCGCAGGUCCAGACCGUUGACGUACGCACUCAGUAUCGCCGGUAUCGCCGGUUCGGGAGCCUUGAUCGGUGCUAUUCUCAACAUGAACUCUCAACGACAAUCUCGGCAGAAGCAGAGCCCGUCAAAGCCACCACUAUCGCCACAAGCACAAGCAGAAACAGAAGGGGAGGCCCCGCAGUCGCGAACACGACCACAACUAGCACAGGGAGUAGAUCACUCCCAAGCCAUUCAGACGUUGGAAACGAAGAGAGGACACCUCGUGGCGCAAAAGUUGCAAUUGGAGCGGAGGAUCAACGACUUGCACGAAACUCGACGACGACGACAGGCCGAGGAGGAGGAGCAAGAAAAGGAAGCUACAAAAGUGAAGUGAGAAAAUGGAUCGGUACGAAACUCUGGCUGGCAAGUGCCCGAGGAUGAGGAAACGAAACGAAACCUACCGCAAUCGAAAGCAUUGCCCCCACGGCAUCGGUCUUGAUACAGACAAGAGCAAGAGCGAAGGCCCCCUCAUGUGUCGUCGAUGCUCUCGGAAGUACACCGCCGACCAGGUACCUCCAUACCUGGCACUACUACUAGGCACCCUCUGAGGCCUCAAAAUGUCCGGUCCUGGACCAGCGGGAAGAUGAAAGCCGGGCACAUUUGACAGACUCAUUUCAUGACUCGAUGGCUCGAGCAUCCGAAUCGUCAAAUUCUGACCAUGUUAUGCUCGACUCGUCGUCCAGGUGACGACUUUGAUGAUGUCUCUCCAAGUCGGUCGAGAAGGGACAAUCCGUCGUCCUCCCACAACAUCGUGACCCAUACCACGAUCGAAUGGAAUGACAAACACAGGAUCGCAAAGUCCGUGUUUGCAGGUUCUAAAUUACUCAAUGGUCUACGAAACAAGCGAAACAUGCCUUGUUCCUCGUCCCUCGAAGCAAGUCAGAUGUUUCAACGCUACAAGAAAUCUGCACGACCUCGGCACAUCCUUCGUAAUCCCCGACGAAUGGAUGGUCCGAACGGCGAAAGAUUGUCACUCCGUACUCGAACCGACUCCUUGUCUCCCUUAUGAUAUACUACGAGUGUAUCCGUACACAACAAUAUCUACCACACGAACGAAAUCAAUUUUACCUUGACCAGUCGUAAGAUACAUAUAAUGAACCCGAGUCACUCGCCCACUCAAACAAACAAAUCGAUACGGACAACACGUCAGUAAUAGUAGCAGUAGUGGAAGCGAUAGUGGUAGUAGUAGUCAAUAAUUUCAUCCAAUUGACC